AUGCAGACACGGACGGGCCACGUGGUCAAGAACUGGCGACGCCGCUUCUUUCGCCUCCUUGGCGCGUCGCUCGAGUACUUUGACAGCCACCGCCACGACGCCAAGCGUUGCGGUCGCAUUGCGCUGGUCGGCGCGACCGUCGCGCACGGCGCUGCCAUUGGCAGCCUCGGCGAAGGCGUCGCAUCCGCUGCCGACGAGCGCCGCUUCGUCUUUCGCGUCGUCGACGGGUCGUCGCACGUGGCGUACUACAUGUGCGCCGAGGUCCCGGGCGGCUCGGACGCCAGUCGCGCCAACGCAGCAGCGUGGGUCUCUUGCAUCCAAGCCCGCAUUCGCGCCGCGUCCCUCGAUGCGCUGCCGGCCGCCGUCAACACUCCAUUUUCAGCGACCGUCGUCAGCGCCAGGAUCGGGACGGCAGACGAAGUCUAUGAGCUGCACUGCGAAGCGUCCGUGGUCCGUCCGUGCGCGGACGGCCUCGAAGAGAUCAAGUGCUCGUGGAUUCUGUGGCAUACGCGGAGUGACUUUGCUGCGCUGGAUGGGCACCUCCGCUCUGUCAUGGCGGACGAGAUGGCGUCGCUGGCGUUUCCCACCGUGCACGCGGCCGUCUCGUUGGCGCAGCGCCUGUCGGCGUCGUCUCUACAGGUGUGCACAGCCGCCUUUGACGCAUACGUGCAGCAGCUCUUGGCGCGACCGUUCAUUGACCAGCCCAGCGCCGAGCUCGUUCUCGACUUUCUCGAGUAUGCAGCCCACGCAUCACAGCUGCCAGCACCCGAGCACCACGCAACGCGAUCUCAAGCUGUCCCAAAAAAGCCGGACGAUGCGACGCUCUACAUGGCCGAGGUCGGUCGCAAGCUGCUCAAGGCUGCGAUUGCGGAUUAA